GAUCAGUAGUAGUCGUAAUAGACAAAAGUGGACUAUUUCACCUGCUGUCUUGGAUAUCUUAUCUGCAUAGUGUGAAGUCCAGAUCGGUUGCAUCCGUCUUGAUGUGUCAAGUCUGGAUUAGAGUCAAUUCUCAUGCUGAUGUUACGGAUUUGCAAAAUAAAAAUAAAGUAAUAAGAUAUUAGUAUUGAUUCGUUGUGUCUUUGGAAUGUUGGUGAAAUUUCCGAAUAUUGUAAUGUCCAAGUGGUUUUCAGUUAUUAUUGUAUCAAAAAUCUGUUACAGAUCCAUUUUGCUUGAAUUCAGAUGAAAGAAGUCAUCAGUCAAGCAUUGUAGUAAACCAUCAUCGUCGUCAACAUCGUCAUCAUUAUGUCCAGCCGAUAGUUACACAUUCUUUGAAUCAAACAAUGAAUUCUUUACCGCCUUCAUCAAUUAGUAGUGAAAAAAGUCAAGAUGAUAAUAAUGAUAAUGAUCGUAAUAGCCAACUAGACAAUAAUCAUUUAACCAGUCAUGAAGCUUAUUCCUGUCGAAAUCAUGUUGAUGGAUUUAGUUCAAUCCUGACAAGUGCAGUAUCGGGUGAACGACCUCCAUUACCUGAAAGACAAACAGUUGAAGCAAUUUACAUGUUAGUAAAACUCAGUCUUAUUCUACUUUCACACUUAAUAAUGAAUUUUCUAAUACAGGAAGAAAUCAAAUACGAAAAUGGUUCAAACUGGAGAUUUGUCUGUUGAAACUGGUGAUGUUGGUGGUGGUAGUAUUGGCACAUGUCCUGCAACCUACAGACUGGAAUCAGAAAGCUUUGAACAUUUGAAACAAGAAAGUAAUUCACGUGCUAAGUUGAAUGAAUGUCUUGGGAUGAAGGAGUAUGCUAAUGAAGUAGCAGAUACAGGUAUUCCAGAGAAGUCUACAAAUGCAGGAGUUCUACCUUCAGAAUAUACUCCUUCUCCUCCUCCUCAUCCUCAUCCUACUACUACUCCACGAUCAACACUUGUCGCUCAAUUGAGAUAUUCACUGUUGAAACAAAAGCUUAAGUUAUUACGUGCUCGAGAUGCUUAUUAUUUACGCAGACGUAUAGUUAGUCAUCUUGAAAAAUUCUUAGAUCAAGCAAUUACAUCUGAUUCAUGUAUUUCAUUACCAAAUUCUAUACCAGAAGAUUGGGAUACCGAUACAGCUUCUGUAUUGUCAGAUUUAUUUGAUGAUAACGGCGGUAAUUUCAGUAAAUCUGGUGUUGGUGUUCAUCCAACCAUUCCUGAAUUCAAUCCCUUCAAAAAUAAUCAUUCAGACAAUAUGAUAAAAAGUUCAGAAAGAAAAUCAACUAGUGAUAAAUGCGUUUGCUGUCCUGAUAAGCGACAUUCAACACAGGAAGAAAAUGUUCAAAGGAAAGAGAGUAAAUCCGCCUUGAAGAAAUCCUGUUUCAAUCAAGAUGGUUGUUGUCAAAAUGAUUCAACUGAAGGUUUUAAGACAUGUACUCAAGAAGGUGAUAAUUCAGGCAAUAGGCAAGCGAAGUCAAGCAGUUCACCUGUUAUACAUCAAAAAUUCCAAUGUGACAGAAAACCUACCACCACCACCCAGUUCGCGGAUCUCAAAAAACGAGCAGAACAUCAAUUAGGCGAAAUGAUAAUGAAGUUAAAGACUAAUCAGUCUGAUUCACCUUCACAAUCAACAACAGCAUCCUGUCCAUGUAUGCACUGUGAAAACUGUCGAUCAAUACUUGCCGGUUACAUUACUGAUGGUAUUAAAUUCACUAAGUCUUAUGAUGAUGAUGAUGGCGGUUAUCGUCAAUCCUCAAAAUAUACUCCUAUGCGGAAAUUGUUCGUGGCUGAAGCAUGUGCUGCAUCAGGUGGAAUUUCUUGGUUUCAACCGUUAAAUCAAAGUCGUUUGAACAACAAAAAUAUUGAAAGAAAAUCAGCAAAGGAUAAUAAACGAUCUAAUGUGAUAAAGUGUCUUUAUCGAGAGAUCCCUUGUCGUUUUGGUGUAUCAUCAACUAUGAAUCAAUCGAUUGGCAGUGAUGACCACCAACAGCAGUUGGGAAGGAAAUACACUACCGCUACUGCUGCUGCUGCUGCUGCUAACUGUCUACACACUUUGCAUAAUCAUUCAUGUCAUAAUGGAGGUGAAGGAUUCUGUGAUACUGAGUCGAAUGAUUCAUCUACCGCGAAACAGAAGUCUUCUAGUGAAGCGGAAGAGGUUGAAGAAGGAGAUAAUAAUGUUAAAGAAAAACCUGAAACACUCAAAUCAUCAAUAAUAACCAAAAUGAGAUGCAAUCAACAUCAAGACACAGAAAGCUUUUCAUCUAGCAUCACUGAUGGGGUGGUGGUAGAUUUACACCCUGGACAAAAGAAUUCCCCAAUAUCUAAAAGAAUAACCUAUGAAAUUCGAGAUAAUAUUUAUGGUGCUGAAAGCAAUAUACAAACGCUUUUUAAAAAACGUAUGUCCGCCUGGAUAUCGCGGUGUGAAGAACGUCAAAAACGGUUGCAUUUAGCCUCAGCAGAACGACGUUAUCAAAAGGCAAUGGAUAUGGAACGUACCCAACUCUUUCAUCCAACUUUAUCGGAUCAAUACACUAGACGACCGCUCAGCUCACACUUGUCUAAAGUUGAUCCAUGUCAUUGUGGUUUUGAAAGUGGUGUUGGUGGCAGUCGUCGUGGUGAUCGUUCAACUUGGCGAGAUAUCAGUAAUUGUUGUGUUCAUUGUUUUCGAAAUUCGAAUAAUCAAACUGCACAGUCAAACAGAAGUAAUAAUGGUGAUGGUGGCGGUUGGGGUGGUGAUGAUAACCGCUGCUUAAAUCCUAUGAGCUCUAGAAAGGAUGUUCGACAAGCUUCAGUAAACCUUCCAAGUCAUAGAUCUACUCUCAGUUAUAAAACAAACAGUGGGAGAAGAUCAGCACGAUCAGGAAAUGAAACCAGAUCAUAUAGGAAUUAUGUACAAAAUCAAGUUUACAUACAAGAAAGCAAACUGGCUCAAUUACGCGUUAAUCGAUUGAGAAUGAAAAUUUACGGUGAAAAAAUUCUACGUUCUGUACUUCAAAGACGCGGUCCAUGGUCGAUGACUUUCAAAGAGGUUUAAUAUAAUGUGCACUGAUAUGAAUAACUUUCAAUGCUUUACAUUUAUUUAUAUCACUGUGUUUUUUCUUAUUCAAUGGAUUACGGGGGUGGGGUGCAGAUACUACCCUAUGAGAUGGGGUAUAAUAAGUCAUCUGUUAAAUACCGGUGUCAGACUUUCUUCCAAUAUUAGUGUGUGUGUGUGUGUGUGUAUGGAUGUGAGUGCGUCUGUGCGUGCCUGUAUUGUCUCUGACAUGGAAUUGACUUAUGCGAAUUACUUUAUAUAUUCGCUUUUAUUUUCUAAACUUCUUUCCAUGUAUUCAUGUUCUUCACUCCCACCAACUCCUCCUCUUGGUCCCCGUGCUAACAGUUUUUCUUCUGACUUUGCCAUGCUUUACACACACACUCCGGGAGGCACUUUUUCGCUUUCAGUUGUAUCAUCCAAUAUCCAGUAAAGUGAAAUUUGUUAUUGCAAUAUAUUUUGCAGUAUAUUUAUUCCUUUAUUAUUAAUAAUAUUAUUUUUAUUAUUACUAUUAUUAUCAUUACUAUUACUAUUAUUACUACUAUUACUAUUGUCAUUAUUACUAUGUAAUAAGUGUAAUAUCAGUCUUUU